AAUCCUCAAAGAGUUGACGGUGUUGGAGAUGAUCUUCUUCCAGAAAAAUAAUGGGUCCAACAGUUGUUGAGCGUAGGAAUACUUAGCCAAGUGCCCAAUGCAGAUGGUGCAUGUCGAUCACUCGCCUCGAAAGAAAAUAAAUCCAAAGGGAAAACCACAAUAGAGAACCGUACUCGGCUACGUUCAAAGUCCGCAACUCACUCAGACGGGUAGCGUUCCUCCCAUUUUGCAUCUAUGGCAAUGGCAAAGAACCCGCCGUUUCCCACCAAUGUCACCACCCACGUGUCCCCCUUCUUCCUGCAACAUCUGUGUCUCAAGUUCUCAACCGCAACACCUCCCCUGUUCCUCGAUUACUCAGACCUUCUCUCAUUCUCUGUUGUUGUAGUCAUGCUUUGUUUGCUGUCACUUUGUCUUCUCUCCAUCUUUAUUCGUUCUUAUCUUCCCAGCCGACUAGAGCCCACUUCACGGCUUUUCCAGAAGUUACAAAACUGAGAAACCCCUCAUGGCUAUUUGAGCUAUUUUGAUACCUGCCCGAGGGGCGGGGGGGACUUCGUUCAGGCUGGUGGUGAUAGAGAUGGAUACCCAUUCUGAAGAACAGACAGGUUUUGAGAUUGCGAUUGCGGUCCCAAAGAGGAAUUCUAAAGGAGGAGAUGAUAACUGUGACUGCGUUGAGUUUCUGGUAUCUGAAUUGCGGACGGCGGGAUUGGUUGUUGAGAAAGUCACUGGGCUUUCGGAUGAAUUUGUUGAGUUGGCAGCACCUGUGGAGACAUUGGGGAGGGCUGCAGCUGAGUUGCAGAUACGAAAACUUACUUCAAUUGGAAUGGAAUUACAGUUUGAAUGGGAUGAGGUUGAUGCAUUUGUGAGGCAGCCUGAUGGUUCUUUGUUUAGUUGGUGUGAGCGGUUCUGUUGCUUCCAUCACAUUAUUUAUGGAAUUGUAAACAGGAAGGAAGCAGUUGUUACUCUAAACUUUUCUGGAAAAGAAUUUGGGUGGAAACCAGGGGAAUCUCUACUUACAAUGUUGCAAUCUGAAGGUGUUGUCAAACAGGUUUUUCCUCUCCAUGAUGAAGCAAAUAGGAAGCAGCUCUUAAGGAAUUGGGCACUAAACUGGAGAUACCUGACACGUCAGCCGAUUGAUAAGAUUUACUCAUAUUUUGGGACGAAGAUUGCAACAUAUUUUGCUUUCCUUGGAAUGUAUGCACGGUGGAUUUUCUUUCCAGCAGCGUUUGGGCUCAUUCUGCAGUUGUUUGAUUUUGGAUCAUGGCAGUUAUUGGUUCUUCCAUUUUUCUUCAUAUGCAUUACAUCAUGGGCUGUAUUGUUCUUACAGUUCUGGAAGCGUAAGAACUCUGCUCUUUUAGCCAGAUGGCAGAAAAUUGAUUUAGUAGAAGUGGAAAGGAGUUCUGUCCAGUCCUCUGUGGAGCUUAUGAGGAAAUCAGGGACCAAUAACAAAAAAGAAGCUUUUCAAAGAGAGGAGUGGUUUGGUCAUCUUCUAAGAUUCAGAAAUGAUGCAAUUGUUAUCUCAAGUAUAAUUUGUCUCCAAUUGCCAUUUGAGCUUGCUUAUGCUCACCUAUAUGAAGCUCUUGGGUCCAAUGUAAUGAAGUUUGGGCUUACGGCUUUGUAUCUUUUUGCAAUUCAGUAUUUCACAAAGAUUGGGGGCAAGGUUUCAGUGAAGCUCAUUAAAUAUGAAAAUAACAAAAGCACUGAAUAUAGGGCUGAUAGCUUGGUCUACAAGGUUUUUGGUCUAUAUUUUAUGCAAUCAUAUAUUGGUCUGUUUUAUCAUGCCCUUUUGCACCGCAACAUCAUGACCCUCCGCCAAGUCUUGAUUCAACGUCUGAUUGUCUCUCAGGUGUUGCAAAAUCUAUUGGAGAAUGCAGUUCCAUACCUCAAAUACAAAUAUAGAAAAUAUACAGCUGUUCGCAAGAAAAAACACGAGAGUGGAUCAUCAACAGGAAAGAUACGUCUGGCUUCUAGAGUAGAAAAAGAGUAUCUAAAACCUGUUUACUCUGCCAGCAUUGGGGAAGAAAUUGAAGAUGGUUUAUUCGAUGACUUUCUGGAGUUGACAUUGCAGUUUGGAAUGAUCAUGAUGUUUGCUAGUGCAUUCCCCCUUGCAUUUUCCUUUGCUGCCUUGAACAAUAUCAUGGAGAUCAGGGCAGAUGCACUGAAGCUGCUUGUCAUGUUUAGGAGGCCUGUUCCUCAUCCUGCUGCAACUAUUGGAGCUUGGCUGAAUAUAUUCCAGUUUCUUAUAGUUAUGUCAAUCUGCACCAACUGUGGGCUUCUCAUUUGCUUUUGUGAAGAUAAUGUCUGGUAA